CUGAUUUCUCCUUUGGUCGCCUUAUAGAUACUGGAGAAAAUAUUCGAGCAAUACUUUCCUGGGUUGAAAUGGCAGAGUGAUGCCAGGUCGGAGCUGAAAAAAAACCUCAGAGGUCAUCUCCUCCCUCAUUUUUCCAGAUGAGCAAACUGAGACCCAGAGAGGUGAAGUGACUUGCCCAAAGUCGCACAGCUCAGUAGAAGCAGAGGUAGAUCUCCUGACUCCCGGUUCAUUGUCUCUCUCUAGUACCAUACAUGGCCUCCUUCCACCCUUAGCUAUUCCAGCAUAAAGGGAGAUGGACUUUUGUUCUUGCCCACUAGUAGAGAAACAGAAAUCAUGUGUUUUUUGAGCAUCAUUGUCUUACAGCCUUGAAAGUGAGGAUCUCACGGCUGCAGGCCACCUCUCUGCCUGACUGCUCUAGCGACUGCUUUUCUAUGUGUUUUUCUGCCCUUGCUCCCUCUCUUCCACAGAGGAGCCAGGCUGUAGUGCCACCAUUGCUUGCUGCUUGUCCUGGACAGGUAGUCCAGGGAGUUGUGUACGCUCAGUUAGCCUGUAUGUCAAGCCAGUGUGAUCUGCUGCGAGACAACUGGUUGUUUGGAAAUGAGACCCAUUCACUUGGGACUAUAACUGAGGUCAUCAUUUCUCUCCUCUAAAUAGAGACCUGCAUCCUAUCCUAGUGAACAGUUGUAUGAGGCUCCACGGCAGGGGAGCAAAAUCAGAAACUUUGUCUGGCAGAAGUGAGUGACAAAGGUCGAAGAGGGAAAAGGUCAAAAUAAUCUGCUAACCCAGUGGAAGAGGUCAGUUCAUCUCGGUAAACAACGUAGCGUAAUAGAAAGAGCACAGGAUUAAGUAUUAGACAGACGUGGGCCUUGGAUGUAGGUUUCUGGUUGACAGAACCUAGUAGUUUUGGCUAGUCAGGUAGCCUCUCUGUGCCUGAUCUUCUUAUAUGAUACAAAGUGUGGUAGUUAAGAGUUCAGGCUCUGAAGUCAGACUGGCCAGGUUCAAAUCUUGGCUCCGCUGCUUUCUAGCUGUGUCACUUUGGGUAAGUUACUUGACAUCUCUGGGCCUGUUUUCCUUCUCUGUAAAAUGGGGAUAAUAGUAUCUUCUUUGUGGUUUUCUUGUAAGAAUUCAGUACAUGGCUACAUGUAAAGUAUUUAGAUCAGUGUCUGGUGCAUAGCAAGCGUAGAGUAACUAUGAUAAAUAUGAGUUAUGGCUGUUGUAUCUGUAAGAUAGGGAUGAUCUUUGCCCUUCAUACCUCACAGUCAAGUAAAAUAAGAUAUGUUGAACGUGUCUCGUAACUAGAAAGCACUAUCUACAUAGGAAAAAUCAUCUUUUGGGGGCAUGAGCAUUCAAAGGAUUAUUAGCCCAUUGGUUUUAGGAUCAGAUAUUGGUGGAUAUUUCUUUGGCGAUCUGGCCAAAGGAAGAAUAGUAGGUUUAUGUGUGGGGUUAUAUAAAUGCUGGGGCCAUCAAGCAAUGUAUGUCCUGCUUUUUCCCUCCUAGUGUACUUAAGAGUGCUUAAAAGCCAAGUAAAGUGGUUGGAGGAUUUGGAGUGAAAAGCAAGGAUUAUACUUUUCCCUCAUGGCCCCUAUCUUAGUUAAUGGCACUGCGGUCCAUCAGUGACCCAGGUUAAGUCCCUUGAAACCUUGACACAUUUCCAUUCCUCUCUUCCAUCAUCAUAGUCUCGGAGUCAUUUUGAUUCUGUCUUCCAUUAUUUCUCCCAUCUGUCUCUUCCUUCUUUGAUUUCUCUGCCCUAAUUCGUCUGGUUGUUUAUCAUCAUCACCACCACCACCAUCUGGCUUAUUAACAGCAGCUUCCUGACUGAUCUUCCCUUCUCUAGGGGUCUUUCUGCUCUGUCCAUCCCUUACACUGCUGCCAGAAAUGAUACAAGGAAAAUUCAUGUUGGGUCCUGCCAUUCCCUUGCUCAAAAGCCUUCAAUAGCUCCCUAUUGCCUUUGGCAAGGAUAGUAGAUAUAGCUAGACAAAUACACCUUACGGUGCCCCAGGCCAACCGUGCUAAUCAAAACAUGAGCAUGCUUUCCCAACGUGUGUCUCCAUGUCAGUUCAGAAUUGCCUUUAGCAUAGUAUAUUAGGCAGCAACUAUUACUCAGUCAGAGAGUGGCAGAUAGAUAAACCCUUUAGGGAAAGCCGGAACUCCUUAUGAUAGGAUUCAGGAUCUUCUAUGAUCUUGGUUUCAACCUUCUUCCCAGCUUUGUCCUCUAGUAUUUUUUUUUUAAUAAAUUUAUUUACUUAUUUAUUUUUGGCUGCAUUGGGUCUUCAUUGCUGCGCGCAGGCUUUCUCUAGUUGCGGCGAGCGGGGCUACUCCGUUGUGGUGUGCGGGCUUCUCAUUGCAGUGGCUUCUCUUUGUUGCGGAGCACGGGCUCUAGGCGCGUGGGUUUCAGUAGUUGUGGCGUGUGGGCUCAGUAGUUGUGGUGCACAGGCUCCAGAGAGUAGCCUCAGUAGUUGUGGUGCACAGGCUUAGUUGUUCCGUGGCAUGUGGGAUCUUCCCGGACCACGGCUCGAACCCGUGUCCCCUGCAUUGGCAGGUGGAUUCUUAACCACUGCGCCGCCAGGGAAGUCCCUGUCCUCUAGUAUUGAUACAUUCUUUCAUAUGUGCUCUGAUCCAGCCACAUGUACCAUGAACUUCCAUGCUUCUUUGACUCUGAGUUUAUACUUUGUUCAUGUUGUACCCUCAGCCAGAAAUACUUUCUUUUCUCUUCCCUGUUGAGAUGCCAGUCAUCAUUCAAGGCUCAGCCUAAACAUUCCCUCUUGUGAAGCUUUUUUCAAGCCUUCAUGCCAGAUUUAGCCAUUCUUGUCUACUUUAGCAUUUUAUUCUGCCUUAUAUUACAUAAUUGUUUAUGUCUCUCCCCCACUCCUUAGUUUGCGUGUUCCCUGAACGCAAGAUCUGUGUUUUAUUGAUUUUUUUUUCUAUCCUGCACAGCAUCUAGUACAUACUAGACUCCUAAUUUUUAAAGAAAAUUUAAUCGAGUCUAGUCCAUUCCCUUUGUUUUUCGGAUGAGGAAACGGAGGCUUAGAGGAAGAGGUCAGGUGUUCAUUCGGGGAUUUGUUGAGUCUCAGAUGUUUGAGACGUUGAGGCUGGAGUGAACAGCAGGUAAUUGAGAUGUGGUUGGGCUAGCAACGUGAUUUAGAGAAGAUGGAGGGGCAGAAGAUGCAAACAUCAUGGAAGCCAGGGGAGAGAAAGAAGAAAAGGAUUCUGUGAAAUGCCUACUUUUGUGGGCAGAAGAAAAGACUCAGUGAAGCAAAAGUGGAAAGACACCCAAGAGAGGAAGGAGUUUCAUGAAGCAGGUCCUCUAUUGUCAUAUGAGGCAAAGAGGUUGAGACCAAGGAGGACUUGAGAAAAGGCACUUGGAAUUGAUCUUUCUCCUGGCCUGCCCUCCAUGUCCGGGAGCUGUCGUCGUCUUCAAGAGGACUGGUCGAAAAAGUUCUGGAGACGGAUGACAGUGAUGGUUGCACAACACUGUGAAGGGAGUGGACCUGUGAUGCAAGCAGUAUUAUUUGGUCAUGAGUGUCUGCUGACUCAAUCUGGAGAGGCUUUUGAAGGAGAUGAGAUGAAAUUUCAUCUGUGCUACAGAGAGCAGGGGUGCAUUGCUGGAUGGAAAGAGGUCUGGAGGCCGGGUGUGAGCCAAGGCUACAGAUGCACAUGUUGAAUGGAGCUCUUCUUGCCCUGCUGUUUCCUGUGGUAAAUACGCGGCUGCUCCCCUUUGAAUUGGAGAUUUACUACAUUCAGCAUGUUAUGCUCUACGUGGUACCCAUCUACCUACUCUGGAAAGGAGGUGCUUAUACCCCGGAGCCCCUCAGCAGUUUCCGCUGGGCCCUUCUCUCGACUGGCCUCAUGUUCUUUUAUCACUUCAGCGUCUUGCAGAUCCUGGGCCUGGUCACCGAAGUGAAUUUGAACAACAUGCUGUGUCCGGCCAUCUCAGACCCAUUCUACGGCCCCUGGUAUCGCAUCUGGGCCUCGGGACACCAGACUCUCAUGACCAUGACCCACGGGAAGCUGGUCAUCCUGUUCUCAUACAUGGCUGGGCCCUUGUGUAAAUAUCUGCUGGAUUUGCUCCGGCUUCCAGCCAAGAAAAUAGACUGAAGGUGCUUGUGUUGUUUUGUUUUGUUUUGUUUUGGGGUUUUUUUUUUCUUCUGCCCCUGAGGAAACAAGUCCUGACUCCACUUGGAGGACACCCAGCUCUUGAUGACAUCAUGGGAGAGGGCAGGAGGACGUUUGGUGUGUUUCUUUUUCCUUCCUCUCUGUCCCUUUCUUCCACCACUCUUCCUUCCCUGGCUCUUCCCCCAGGACAGCUCCUGGAGCCUGGGCUGUAGUGCUGCAGCCUGGGCGGUAGUGCUGCAGCCUGGGCGGUAGUGCUGGAGCAUGGGCUGUAGUCCUGGAGCCAGGGCUGUAGUGCUGGAGCCUGGGCGGUAGUGCUGGAGCCUGGGCGGUAGUCCUGGAGCCUGGGCGGUAGUGCUGGAGCCUGGGCUGUAGUCCUGGAGCCUGGACGGUAGUCCUGGAGCCUGGGCGGUAGUGCUGGAGCCUGGGCUGUAGUCCUAGAGCCUGGGCGGUAGUCCUGGAGCCUGGGCGGUAGUGCUGGAGUAUGGGCUGUAGUGCCGAGGGCCGCACGUUUCCUCCUUCCCUUUGCCGCUCUCUCCCUGCUCCUCGUGGCCUUAAAUGGCGAGACAGUAGUCAGUGGCUUUCACUCUGCUAGUUGCUGCUUUAACAACAUCUGGUUGAGGAGAAAGGGAACAACAAGCAGUAGUUCUUUUGGCAUCGAAGCGAUGAGAUUGGGCUGUGUUUCAUUUCUCCACUGCCAGGGACCUCCAGGCUUAUGCUGGGGUCCCCUUUUGUCUCCAGCACAGCCCUCACCAUAAGGGGACUGAGGCCUUGUUUCUAUACCAGCGGCAAACCGAGAGCCAAGGGAUUUCCCAGCUCAUGGCCAAAAGAGAGCUGGCCAGAUUCUUCCCACUGGUGUCCCAUGACUCAAAACAAGCGGCCAACCAGCCACUCCCUCCAGGAUGCUGCCAGAGGUGGGAGGUGUGGGGCGCUACCCAGCCCAGGGGCUAGAUUCCACUAUUGCAAUGGCAAAUCCAAAGUGCGCAAGGUUGAAAUGUCCACAGCUAAUGCUAGGCAGGACCUUGGGUAAAUUCUGCUUGAGAGCUGAGAACUGACCCAUAUCCCAAUCAGAAGUGAGCGUAGAAAUGAGUCAAAAGCCGUGGUAACUUGAGAAAACUGUGAUCUGAAUCAUAUGCUUGCUUUUAGUUUAAUGUUGAUAAUAGACGACAUUUUAAUUUUGAGUGCCCCUUAAAUGUUCUCUCUCUCUUUUAAAGGCAGCUUCAGGGAAGGAUGAGCUAGAGUUGGCUUUUCGGGCUCUUGGAGUUCUGUGUAUUCGUCUGUCCAUUUGCUUUUGGAUGUUUGAGUUCGGAGAAUCCUUGAAUUAGGGCCUGUCUCUGGAGGGACACCUGUCGAUCCGUCUCGUGGUUUUGCAGCAUGUCUCGGCAUCCUAGGUUUGGGAACAUACAGAUCCUGCAGUGCUGUUUCCCUCGGGCCAGGUGUCGUCACUGCGGCCAGACUCAGAGAUGAAUUGUUUAGCAUGGGGGUGGGGGGCAUCACAUGCUCCCCAGCCCGAAAGCCCACGUCUGGGUUGAAAGGGAGGUACCAAAAAAUCAGGUCCGCAUGGGUGGAGGUUCAAGUGCUCUGAAAGGGAGACCUUUUGUUGCAAGGCAGCCUCAGUCAUACAUGGACCUCAAGAAGGAGGUGGUACCAUUUGCUGGCUCCCUGUUGGCUCUUACUAAGAAUAGAUUACUUAAUAACAGAAAAGAUAUUUCUGGGACCUCCUCUGAUGAGCCCCCCCACUCCCUCUCCCACUCUAGGCAGCCCAGUUGCCCUGGGCCCAUUCAAUAUUUCAGGUGUUACUGUAUCAGACCUAGAUUGAGUUUCAGGGACUCAGUGGUCAUGAUUUUAGCAAGUGGACCUACAGGAGGCAGCAGGAUGGAGAAGUCUCUCCUAGCAAGGCGAGGCCCAGGGAAGCAACCACGGCGGGGCCCAUCCCUUUGCAGAGGUACGCUGGCAGUGAGGUCAUCAAUCCCCAGGGUGUGGGGUUGCAGGAAGGGGGAACCCGUGAGCUCCUCAAGAUGCGUGACCUUCAUUUUCUGCCAUCUUUGAGGGUUUGGCCGAAUUUUUCUUAGUGCCUCUCAGCCCUGGGUUGCCCUCCGGAAGAGGCAGCUCUUGAGGGGCUGGAUUCGCCCCGCCCACUGGCUGCGUGUAGGCGUGGCUGAUGAGGCAAGACCUCAGUGCCCCUUGGCCUCUUCCUCCGUGUCUCCAUGGCCUGGUGCGGGGUGCUAGUCAGCUCGAGCUUCCCUUGCACUGGCGUGCCUCUCAAAGUUCGCCACGCUGGCUGGCAGCUUUCAGCUGCUUAGAGGGAAAGAAGAAAGUGGAAGCUACGUGCCUGGCUGGGCCAGGUCAGAGGCAGGUGCACCUGUCUGGGGGAGGGGGAUGAGAAGGGGAGAUACAGGGCUUCUGGUUGGCUCGGAAACAUGUAGGGGGAAGGAACAGAGAGCAAGUCCCGUCCCAGGUUGCACAGGGAGUCAUGGCCUGCGUUGGAGGUGUUGGGCAGCAGCGGGCGUCUGAAUUGGUCUCUACCUGACUCUUUCCUUGGGCCAGGCCCAUGCGGAGAGGUUACCUGGCCAGACCCUCGGUGGCCUGCCUUGGAGGGUGGCCCCUGCAGCAGUGGGCCCGGGCUGCCCGGCACGUCCCCUGUGCUUUUCUGUCGGUGCCAAGGGGCUUCCCCAGCCAUCCUGGCCAAGUUUCCAUGUGCCAUUGGCCAGCAUGUGAGAGCUCCGUGUGUUUGUGGAAGUGGACAGUCUCUUUUAAAAUGGCCCCGGGAAGGCAAAGGAGUGUUCCCUCCAGCCCCCAGGUAGCCCUGGCCAAGGAUUGGCCCAGUGAGAUCAGUGUGUUCAGCUGGCCAACUUGGGACAUCAGCUCAGAAUAACAGAUGGUCAUGCCUGCUUGUAGGCCCCCAUCUCUUCUCCAUUCCCCGUGGUAUUUGCUUCUGUACACCAAAGAUGAUCUGGCCUAUCUUCUUCCCGGAGGCCCAGUGAUGUGUUCCUCUGUCAGCUUGUGAGGAAGUCACGGCUUCUGUCCCCCGAAGUCAACCUUCUCCCUUUCUCCUGGGACUUCUCAGCAUUCACAGAAGCUGCUUGCAGCGUGGCCAGGGCGUGUGGGGCGUCGGGGCCCAGUGUUUAGCGGAGCGGGCACAGCUGCCCACGGAGAGCAGGCUGUCAGCACGUCUCUGCGCGCUGGUGUUAGGGGGAGGCUGACAGAAGACCCUUCCUCCCCCUCCCUUGGUCAGAAAAAGACUUCCAUGGAUGUGUACGUGUUGAUCCCGAGUCAUCUGAAGGGGAGAUGGGGAGGCGGGCGAGGGGAGAAGAAGGGCCAGUGUGGCCCCUACAAGACAAGACACCGGUGCUGGUUUUGGUAAAUCGGGAGCCAGGCAUAAGGGAGGAUGUCUGUCCUGCAGGCCCUCGCAUGCUCCUUGGACUACCGGGAAGGGGCGUCCUCACUGCACACGCUGCCCCGCCCUCUGGGGGGUGGGGGUGGGUAGGGUCCAUGAGAGGGAGCGAACCUUCCUCUUCUGUAUAUAGAGUGAGCCACUUGUGCUCAGGAAAACCUAGUCGCUUGUUGCUGCUCUUGUGACAUUUUUGUACACUGGUUUGCUACUCGUGGCACGAAACAAACACAACAAGAAAAGUCAUUUCAAGCUGAGCUGUGGUUUUGGAAACCUGCUUUCUUUCAGUGUCAGUGUUGUAUUGUAUUUGGAGGAAUUCUUCAUCUCUAUUGGUGUUACUGUGGUAGAGAGAAUAAGAUAGUCCGACUUGUAAUUCUUUCUGCCGGGAAAUUGGCAGUGCCUCUGUCGUCGCCCCGACCCCGGUCCUUCCUCAUUCCCAGGGUGGGAUUGCUAUGCGCUGGGCACACCCCUCCCUGGCCCCCGCCCCCGCAGCGGCUCCCUUUAGAACCGGUCUUUGUGAUUCCCCUAAACAGCUGCAGAAUGAGUAUUUUUGCCAAGCUGGUUCUUGGGUGCUCUGUGCCCCUACCAGUUUGCUUGCCUCUUGGGGCAUUUUGUAAUGUUUUCUCUGUUUUGUAAAACCUUUUGAUUGUACCACAGUGGUUUCUGCAGUCACCUUUGGAAAUAAAUGGUCAUUAAUUUGUGUACUUAGCACUCUGAAUUUUAGUCUGAGGUGUUUCUGUUGUUGAAGAUCCUUGAAUGAAAAGGAACCCUCACCAUGGGACUCACUGUUAAAUGUUUCCUUCAUUUACUGCUAUUAAAAGGUUUAUGAGAA